CCUCAUUCGAUUGCGGCGGGACCCCGCGACGUUCUCCAGUCGUCAGUCGACCACAGUUGCGAUUAGAGCUCGAUGCCGACGGAAGGAAGAUAAGACCCUUCCUCACAACCGCUGCGAAACAUAUUACGCGGAGCAAAUAUUUUUGUAUGUUAUAACUUGUAAGCGAGGACCGCGCGCGCGCAAAAAUCCCACGACCGUGCGCGCCAGUUUUACGAUCGGUACUGUUGUGUCGUGUUGCCGUUUUCACCGGCGUUGCUCGUAUUUCACAAAUCAGGUUGUCCAUCCUUGAUCCGCUGCUCCUCUUUUCGCCGUUACGCUAGGCUAUCUGAUCCGCAUCUGCGAUCGUUGCACACUUUUGUCGCGUGUGUAAGGAGUUGUGUGUGCGCGCGUCGUGUUUUUACGAUACAUACGGACGAGGAAGAGACUGUGCGGGAUGUGAAACUCUGUGGCUGUUAACAGUGUGUGACAUAUUUGUCGUAAUAUAUUACGCUGGUGCCGUUGCCGUUGCCGGUUAAACACUUUUUUCUCAUCUUCCCGCGUUACAUGCUGAUUCGUCGCUGCUCAUUUUGACCGUUGAUAAUCAGUGUUUCUGUGUCGAGGAGAACACGUGGGUGAACCGACGGAAGAACUUCCUGGAACACCCUGCAUUUUAUCUUAUUCAGGCUAUUCGAGUAGCCGAUGCAACUGCCUCGGUGGGGUGGCUGAAGGAAAAUGCGAGGUGCGUAGAUCGUCGGGCUUUCUGACCGAACGGUGCAGCGGAAACGGAAGUGAAACUAGCAGAGGUCGGUUGUUAUGCUGUCACGGUAUCGUCUUCCACUUCCAACAUCGACGGCCUCGUCUUCGUCGUCAUGGGAGCUGAAAACACAUUCGCAACUUGCGAUCUCGUUUGAUUACCUUACCUGUCGACGAUAGAAUUGUCUAUAGUUCUUUGUCGAACGGUAAAUGCGGCAAUCGCUCGACGUCUUCAUCGUCAUCUCGACGUUAUUGAGCCCCACGAAUAAUAACGUCACCGACGGGGCAAGUAACUGAUUGUCAACUGCAGUCUUCGAACACAGGGAGAGGAUAUUAUGGAGUUCGACGACGUUGGAACGAGCGAUCUGCGGGAACUCUGGGAGUCGUAUCUUGCCGAGACGGCGAUGGGACACGACGUUCCGAUGUCGAUGCGGGACGAGGAAUGGAGCAGCGCUACCUGCGUGUCGAGGGAUAAGUUGGAACCGGGCGUAGUCCUGAGGGAUCGUCUGAUGACGGACGCUGCUCUUGGAGGUCCGAGACCGAUAAAAUCCGAGCACAGCUACAGCCUCCUUGCCUCCAGCCCUCCGUCGAGUCCGGCGAUACCCGGCAACGACAGUCCCGACGCUCCGAGGGAGGGAAAAAACCCCGAAUCCACGACACUCCUCAACGGGCACCAGGUCCUAGUUCUCAGGAACAGGAUAGACGACAUGGAGGAGGAGUGCUUCCCGGCGAUUUCGCUAAACCGAGCAUCCGGACGAGGAGCGGGCGCCGAGUCACCCUCGCCAUCCCCGUCGGCCUCCCCUUCGCCCCACACCGCGAAUGAAACCCUGACCACCCUUACCGUGCAGAUCAAGGAGGAACCGUUCAGCCCUGAAUCCCUGUCUGCUCGAGGCACGAUUGAAACCGUCGCAAUCGCUCCUAAUUACCACAUCGAAUUUGAACGAUCCUCCGUUCCUUACGCGACCAGCGACAGCGAGGAUGACGAGGUGGAGUAUUACCAGAGCACAGAAUUGGACGAGUCGAACGGCGAACUGGCGACCGCGAGUUCGAGUUCUAGCUCGACAGGCAUGUCGAUUGGAGAUGGGGGCGGCGCCGCCGGAAACGGAAGUGGCAGCGGGAGGCAGGGACUUCCUCCAACACCGCCGAGCAGCGCGAGUUCCGACAGCGAAGGCGCAGUGUCUGCAUUCUCUUCACCGGAACGGAGAGUGUCCGAAAGUCUUCGAGGACUCUUGAAUCCCCGGUUCAACGGGGUUUCAAAUUCUCCGGGAAACAGGGGGGCAGCCGGACAUCACCUUCACGGCCACGUUACCAGGCAGCCAAUUCAUACACCGCUGAUUUCUUGCCAGCCGAAGGGUUCGACGGGUAUUCUAACUUUGACGGACGAGGAGAAACGGACGCUGAUAGCCGAGGGUUACCCUGUACCAACGAAACUCCCGCUCACGAAGCAAGAGGAAAAAUCGCUGAAGAAAGUACGCAGGAAAAUUAAAAACAAGAUAUCGGCGCAAGAGUCACGAAGAAAGAAAAAGGAAUACAUGGAUGGACUUGAGAGACGUGUGACGAUAUUGGCUCAGGAGAAUUCGAGCUAUAAGGAUCGGCUAACGACGCUCGAAGGAACGAAUCGCGAGUUACUGAGGGAGCUGCAGCGACUUCAGGCGAUGUUGCGAACCUCCUAGAAGCAUAAAUGACCGCGCACUUUUGGUGGGAAAAUAAAAAAACGAUUACGUCGUUUAGAUUAUUUGCAUUGUACGUUAUAAGUAAAGAAUUUUCGCCAAAAUAUUUUCCUCGUUUGGGAAAAUCGCUGAAGGUACAACCAUUGGGCCUUUUACACUUUUUUUCCUAUGUCGCAGUAUAACGCGUAUCAAAGAUAUGAUUAUAAAAUAACAAUCGUGACUUAAAAAAUCCUAAGAGGGCUUCCUGAGAUAAAAAUUUCAUGAUAGAUUUUUUUUUCUCUUUUCGUGGUCGGGGUUAGUAUGUGCGAAUUUAGGUGAAAAAUUUUGAUCAAUUAUACAAUGUCUAAUUACGUACGUUACCGCAUCGCGGGGGAUGCGAUUUAUCGUAAGUCGACCAAUCAACAGUGCCUGAUUAACGUUUUUAUAUACAUAUAAUGCACGCCCAAGCAUUGUGUAAUAUAAUAAUAGAGAAUAUUUCAUGGCCGGGACAGUUGUCGAAUAAUUGAAGAAUUCAAUCAAUCGUACAAGGUAGUAGUAGUUGCCUAAGGUAUAAUUAUGUAUAAUAGAUAGCCAGCCGGGCACUCGACGAUCGCAUUGAAAGUACAAAAAAGAAACUAUAAAAAAAAAAAAAAAAACAAACAACAACAAAAAAUCGUAGAGCAAAACAGUUAUUGCUGCGAACUAUUCCACGUUAUUAUAUGUAAUUACUAUAAUUAUAAAUAAUUGAAAAAUAACUAUAUCACACUAUACAUAUACAUACGGCGUUAGAUAUACGACUGACGAAUUAUUAGUACGUAGUGUAGGUAUCGUGUGCGUUAUAUUUUUACAAUGUUGAGUGACAUAUUCGAGUGAAAGAAGAAUCAGAUAAACAGAAAUGGUGUGAAUUUGAAGUAAAUUUUUGAAAAGUUAAUCAUUUUGAAACUUAUCGAUUGAGUAUCGAAUAACUUUCAGAAGAAACAAGCGAAUAUACAAAAUAAACGGGGGGGAUACACGUAAAAUAUUUAACUUUCGUGAAUCGAUGACUGUUUUUUGUGGCAAUCAAAUCGUUUAUAUGAUAUAAACAAUUAAAUAUCGAGAUGAAGGGCAUGAUGCAAACGACCAUUUUCAAUUUUAAUGAUAGAGCAAAGUGUGUGCGGCGGUAAAUAUACAUACCUAAAUAUACUUGAAAAUCGUUUUAUAAUGAGCGUUAACAUGCUCUACUAUAAAAUUACUGAUGACACGUGCGCUGUCAUAUUUGUACGCGGUGUUUGUGCUCCUACGACCAUACGCCAGAUAUUUACCCAUUUCAACCGUUUUAUGUAUACAGGCGUUAAAAUUUCGUCAAGUUUUCAUGAAAAAAAUAUCUGUUCUUCCAACGGGUGACGCCGAUCAAUUCCAUAGAAAAUUGUUAUAUAUAUAUAUAUAUAUUUAUAUAUUUAUUUAAUAAUUUCGCAAACACAAGUCCCGAUUUUCCUCAUCCGUACAGCUUUUACCACAGCUGCGUAUUAUUAAAAUCUCGAAACCUUGAGAUAUAUUUUUUUUUUCACGAAUCCGGCAACCCGGUUUGUUGUACACUUAAAUUUGGUGCCCAUACGAAGGUUACCUUGGGUGAAUUUCUACCGCACGUGCGACAAUGACGGAUCCUGGAUGGCGGAUAGCGUUUUUCAUUCGCUUUACUGUCGGCACUUUUAUUAUUUUACUGUUAUAACACGGUUACUAUUACUAUUGCAACUGUUUAUUCGGUUUACACAGUUUCUGCAACCAAGUAAUUAUUAUAAUUUAACAAAAAAAAAAAGAAAAAAAAAAAAAGGAAAAAUUGGAAGCGUAAUUUAGUAUUGUUUGGUAUAGUAAUAGCCGAAUUUGCAUUGUACACCUGGUGCUUAAACGGAAAUACUAUGAUAUAUCAAGGGCCCAAAAGACAAUCCCGCGGGUAGUAUGUAUUAUUGUAAGAAGAAAGAAAUUACAGUUUGGUCGAUCUAUACAGGACGUUUUAUUUUUAAAUAAACAAUGCCGAAAUGAAAUUACUCCGUUGCAUAAUAUAGAGACACGUCGAUAUUUUUGAUAGUAUCAUAAAAAUUAAAUUUUUGACUCGUAUUGCGUAGAUUGAGAAGAAAGAAGGAAACAAUAUAUUUGUAAAAUCGUCUCUUAUCGUUUCGGGAUAAGAUAUUGAAUUGGUAAUCAUUAGGGGUGUGUGCGACGGUGUGUCGGAACUAAAGUUCUUCGGGUCGGGUCCUGUUGGGAACCGAAAAUUUCGGCUACUCGGAAAUUUCGGAUUCACCCAAAAAUCUCUGGUUACGGCUCUUUUCGCUUCUCCAAAAAUAUCGGUAUUUACAAACUGAACAUAGAUUUUCAAAAAUCUCGGACAUGUGUCAUUUCUUCAGCCGUCCGGAAUUAUGAGUUCUGGAUGUUCUGUUCUCAAAAAAUCAGACUAGAGGCCCACCGAAAUCUGUUCUCUCGAAUCUUUCAUAUCAUAUGAAGCAUCAUUACCAGAUGAUUGUGAAAUUAUUUUACUAUCGACCUGUACGGGUGUGCGGGUACUGAAAUUCUCUGAAUCGGGUCAGGUACCCUUCUAACAUGCACAACCCUUCUAAUCAUCCAUUGUGUGAACUUUAUUUGUAUUUCUUUUGUCUGUGUGCGUUUACGUUUACGUUUAUUUGAUUAUUUCACCUGUAUUCUUAAAAAGAUUACGAAACCGUGGCAUUCGCCAUAAAACAUUUUCAUACAUUUUUUUGCCUAGUUAGUAGAUGACGUUGUAUAGAGUAUGUAUAUAUAUAUAUGAAUGUUGAAGAAUCGACGUUCAAAAAGUCAGGGAAAAAGAAAAGAGAUGUCUAGUCUUAUGUCAAAAAAAAGGGGGAUGAAAAUCUGGAUUUUUUUUUCUCUGCAAUUCUUACACUGUGCGCGCGUUGGCUAAAUCGACUUUUCGGUUAAUGAUAAAAUAUCCAAAAAUUACACGACAUUCCUUUAAAUCGUUCAAAUCAUAACGGUGCUUUGAUUUUUGAAUCUGGUUACAAGUUUAGCCCGCGGUCUCCCACGUGUUACGUAUUAUGUAUUAUGAUAUUAUGUACCGAAAUCCGAUGAAAAUUUUACAUUAGCUUGGAACAUUCCAAGUAUGUGCUACAGAUUUACAUUACAGACAUGUAUGUAUACGUUGAUUUAAAAUGUAUACAGGUAAACUGUCCUACUACGAGAUAAUAUAUCUAGAAUUAAACGAUAUAUCCUAUGCCUAAGUAUACACAUAUUAUAUUAUAUGCAAGGAUAUUAAAAAAAAAAGAAGAAAUUGCGUCGUCACGUUGUACAGUGAUCUAUUUAUAUUGAAAGUUACAGUUACAUGAUGAAAUAUAUAUGACGUUUGUUGAUAUAAUAUGGUAUUGCCGAAGAGAAUUUAAUAUUCUAUAUAUUAAUAUAUGCGUAUGAUAUACGUGAAAAAGUAUAUAUCUAUGUAUAUUCACGAUAAAAUAUAUAACAUACACACGUGAGUCAUAUUUUAUAUAUUAAAUCCACAUAUGCAUAUGUUCCAGAAAUCGAUUGAUAGGCACAAUUGACGUGUUGUAUAACAAAUGGUCAAUUAGACACGCUGGUAUUAUAAAUGCGUUUCGUAGGAAUAAGUACCGUUAUAAAUUAUAAUUCACGCUGCCGGUGGAUGCUAUGAUAAAUUUAAUUGCGUAUAAUUUGUAUAUUAUACUGUAUUGCGUUAUAUUGCAUUAAGUUCGUGCUAUAUUUGGACGCUCGACGAUAUUUUGCAUAAAUAUUAUAAAAAGCUUGUCUCUGUGGAUUUAAGGAGGGAAAAAUAUAUAUAUAUAUAUAUAUUUAUGCAGAUCAUACAUAACGUCGUUUUGAAUUUGUGAAUUUUGCGAUCAUUUAUCGAGCACUAAUACAGUUCUGUAUGUUUAUUUUAGGUUUAGCCAUCGAUCGACAUACCGACUGACCGACCGACAGAAAACGCUGCCUGCUUUUUACACCUGUGCAAAUUACACGAAUGGGGUAUUAUAUAAAGUUUACUUAAAAUUAUGUUAGUAUUAUAUUUGAUCAAUUACUCUGCGUAAGAAUAUACUUGAAGUGAAAAUACAUCUGCCGCCGACAAUCCGCGACGUUGCUUGCGAUAACGAUAAAUUUUUAAAUAUUCUUUUACUUCUUUUUCACGCACUCAAUAUUAUACAGUUUCGAAACUUUUGACGUACAUAUGUAUUCGAAAUUAUUCACAGGGUGUAACAAUGUCUUGGAAUAUAGAAUCCGUUGAAAGCACAGCGCAAUAUACUAUCAACGUUGGCGCGGGAAGUUCGGCUUAUUAAUUAACGCGUUCCGUGUGCUUCGGCCCAGGUUCCUAUAACUCGAAUGGUAAUUCGUUUAAGUUUGCACAUAGAGCGCCUGCCGUACACUCAGCACGUGCAGACUUAUAAUUGUUUGUCGCCUGCAGUUUUAGUAUAUUACCGUAUAAUUGUAUAUCGCAAGGUAUUUUCUCACACGCAUUUCCUUUUCCUCGAUUUUCACGAACAGCUGUGCGGCCAUCCCGUAACUCGAUUUUACUCGAUUUUACUCGAUCUAGUGCAGCGCUAUGCAUCCACGGUACUCGCGAUUUGUUACAACCAGAUUUUACAUCCUGUCUUUCAGCAAAACGCUAACCAAUAUACCUAUACACACUGUGAAAAACCAAAUUACACGUUCCAUUGAUUUGUCUGUACUAGUUUUCCCCGUUUGUCGAGGUCGUUUCGUAAUCUAAUCCUCGAUUUUCAUCUAUUUACGGCCGGAUUAAACGGGCACGGAUUCCGAUUUUCCGCAAUGCGGCAAUCGAAU